UUUUUUGCUAUUUCGAAAAGUUUUGGUUUAUUCAGUAGACAAAAAAAAAUGGCUAAUCCCAUUUUGAUCCUAGACCCCGCCGACGAAAUAGUCAUCGAAGGACCAUUUGGUCGUGUCGCUUCCAAAAUAAUCAAUAUGCAUAAUCCAAAUAGUGAGGAGCGCGUUGCAUUCAAAUGGAAGACAACCACGCCAAGUAUUUUCUUUGUUCGCCCCAGUGUUGGUGUGAUUAAGCCGCUCGAGUACAUUAAGGUUGACAUCCUUGUGCAUCCACUCUAUCGGAGUGGCCCUAUCAACUUGGAGGUCCACAAGUUUAUGGUGCAGGCAGCUGUGGCAGAUGAUAAUUUCCUUAAGCUGAAGGAUUUCUGGAGGAAUGAAAAUAAACUUAAAAUCUGGAAUGCCAAAAUAAAGGUCAAAUUAUUAAACCCUGAUCCAGAUUUUGAUAAAAUACACGAUGUUGCCUCGACUGACACCAAAGCUAUUGACAAGAGUCAGGAUAAUGAUUUCUUUGAUCAAAAUGUACGUGAUACUACCUUAGAAACUAACGAGGAUGCUGAUGAUACCGUCGACAAGCUUAUGCAGCAAGUGACGGAGCUGCAACAGGAACGUGAACAGAUGUUGCAGCAAAUCGAAAUAAACAAGAAACAACGUAGCAGCGUUGAGGCUUUAAAGGUAAAGCAGCAGCAACGUGGUGGCUGCUACUAUUUUUUUAUGGAAAGUUUUAUUGUAUUGUUGGCUGCUAUUCUAGGCGGGUAUGUUGCCAAAACUUACUUGUAAACUUGCCUCACCAAUGUAUUACGAAUGCAAAUAAACAUUUAUACACCUAAAUCCAAAA